CUUUGGUCGGGAUCCGUUCGUGUAACAUGGAGCGAUACAUUUAUUAACAAAGUCAUAGAUGCUCCACUAUACAUGCACACGCAUACACAAAGAUAGAUACAUAUAUACACCUAUAUAUAUGCCACCGCAUGCAAUCUGUGCCCCAACCCAAAAAUGUUCAUACACAUAGAAAAGGUCCGAACAGAGCCACGGAACUGAACAAGCAGCGACGUCGGACCAUAAAGAGAACACAAGCCGUCUGCAACAAGAAACCGGACAUGGGGAGAUCAAGAAAAGGUUGUAUGAGAGGGAAAGGUGGUCCGGACAACGCCACGUGUAGAUACCGUGGUGUGAGACAGAGGACUUGGGGUAAGUGGGUCGCUGAGAUUCGGGAACCUAACCGAGGAUCGAGGCUUUGGCUCGGUACCUUUGACACUUCCUUUGAGGCCGCCAUGGCUUACGACAAGGCCGCUAAGAAGCUGUACGGACAAGCCGCCAAGCUCAACUUGGUCCAACCAGAUCAGCUUCAGGGCAAGAAUGGGUGUUUCUCUCGACACGGGUCUGAUGGUUCUUGGGCUUACAAGACCAACCCGGUUCGUGUGCAAAACUGGGCGAGUGGGUCGAUCGGUUCUUGGUCGGAGAGAAUGGAUUUUCCACAUGAACAUGGCCACAGGCCUCAAGGUGGAACCAACGGGUGUUUUUUGGGUCAAGAAUAUGAUUUCGGGUUUGUAUCUUCAUGUGGGUCCAAUCUUCCUUGGUUAUUUUCCAAACCCAAUUCGUUUAACCAAGAGAAAGUUCAUGGGUACACGCCCUGUGGUGGUGGAUUGGAUCUGUCAAAUUCGGCGAAGCUGAGUUUGCAACAGGGAUUACAAGAUCAUCAAGAUUUGAAGUACACAUGUCCGACCGGAUCUUGGUCUAGGUUUCUUAUAGCACAAGAAAAGGCGAGCCGGGAGAUGGGUCACGACGAUGUUUCUCGGACGAGUUCUUUGCAAGGUCCCUCGGACAAUAAGGAUGGUAUGUUGGUUCCGAGUUUUGUCAGUCAAGAAGUUGAUGGAUUUCUUGUUCCUAACGGCGGAGGCGGCGGAGGAGGAGGCAGUUGCGGCGGCGGAGGAGGGAGAGGAAAGGUACCGGAGGUGACAGGGUUCUUGGCAAUGGAUAACGAUCUGUUGGAUAUGGAUGAUUUCGGCACUUUGGUGGGUAAAAAUGGAGAUUUCAAGAAUUGGUGUCACGAUGAGUGGCAACAUCCAUGGAGUUGGGUUUGAUCUUCCUUUUUUUAUUAAACUUUAUUUUCUCAAAUGAAUCACAAUAGACCUAGUUUUACUUAGAUCGAGGUGUGCCUUUCUCGUACUCCUAUGUGUAAAAAAGGUUUGAGAAUAUUUGUAUUUUCUUUAUAAAAUCAGAAAUGGCGUGUAUAAGAAAAUAUAUUUGGUUUUUAUUUA